GCCCCAAAUCCGGUGUGUUAAUGUGAGGGAGGAGCGAGAGGAGGAGACAUCAGUUAAACAAACAUCCCGGAGACAGAGAGGGUGACAUGAAUGAACAACACUGAGAGAGAGAGAGAGAGAUUCUAAAAGGAGCGGACGCGCUCGCAGCGAGUCAUUGAUGUUGACGAUCUCGCGCAGGUUCCUUUAUGGCGUCGCAGGCGGACUUCUGCGGGAUGCGAGCGUCGCGAGCGUCGCGAAUCCUCGUCCAGCCUCUGGGACUCUCGAUAUGAGCCGGAUUACGGUGAGCACGAAGCGCCCCGAUGGACCCGAGCGGACCGAGUCUCCGCUGAUCCGCACAGCAGCAGCAGCAUCUCCUCCGCCGGACACGACAUGGAUGAUUCGGGAAUAAUCAGGCGCAGGCGGCUCCAGAAGGAUCUUCCUCUGCCCCGUAAGAACAGCAGUUGCCGCAGUAACCGGAAGAGUUUGAUUCUGACCUCCACCUCCCCGACUCUGCCCCGCCCACAUUCCCCGUUACCGGGGCACAUCGGAAGUAGUCCUCUGGACAGCCCUCGAAACUUCUCGCCCAGCACUCCGGCACAUUUCUCCUUCGCUUCCUCACGACGGGAUGGGCGUCGAUGGUCACUGGCGUCUCUUCCAUCUUCUGGUUAUGGAACAAACACUCCCAGCUCAACGUCCUCCAGCUCGUCUCAGGAGCGUCUGCACCAGCUGCCGUCUCAACCCACCAUGGACGAGCUGCACUUCCUGUCCAAACACUUCGGCAGCACAGAGAGCAUCACUGAUGAUGACGGGGGACGCUGUUCACCCCACAUAAGACCCCGCUCACGCAGCCUGAGUCCGGGUCGCUCUCACUCCUGCUACGACAAUGAGAUCAUUAUGAUGAAUCAUGUUUACAGGGAGCGUUUCCCUAAGGCCACGGCGCAGAUGGAGGGCAGGUUGUGGGAUUUCAUCCACUCGUAUUGUCCCGAGAGCGUUCUGCCGCUGGCUGACGGAGUCCUGAGCUUCAUUCACCACCAGAUCAUCGAGCUGUCCAGAGACUGCCUGACCAAAUCUAAGGAGGGUCUCAUCACGUCUGUCUACUUCUUUGAGCUGCAGGAGAACCUGGAGAAACUUCUGGACGAUGCUUAUAAGCGGUCAGAGAGUUCAGAGUUGACCUUUGUCACUGAGUUGGUGAAGAAACUUCUCUUCAUCAUCUCUCGACCUGCUCGACUAUUGGAGUGUUUGGAGUUUAACCCUGAAGAGUUCUACCAUCUGCUGGAGGCGGCUGAAGAUCACGCUAAAGAAGGACACCUGAUGAAGACCGACAUCCCGCGAUACAUCAUCAGUCAGCUGGGUCUGACCAGAGACCCUCUGGAGGAGAUGGUCAGUCGAGAGCAUUACGACAGUGAGGGGCCGGUCACACCAGAGACAGACGACUCUGCAGAGGGAAAAAUGAAACCCAUGAAGCCACCUGGAGAGGAAGAUUUCCAGACCAUCAAACUGAUCAGCAAUGGAACCUAUGGCGCGGUGUAUCUGGUCCGCCAUCUGGAGACGCGGCAGCGUUUCGCUAUGAAGAAAAUCAACAAACAGAACCUGAUUCUGAGGAACCAGAUCCAGCAGGCAUUUGUGGAGCGAGACAUCCUGACCUUCGCCGAGAACCCGUUCGUGGUCAGCAUGUUCUGCUCCUUUGAGACUAGACGACACCUGUGUAUGGUCAUGGAGUACGUGGAGGGAGGCGACUGCGCGACACUGCUGAAGAAUAUUGGAGCGUUGCCUGUGGAAAUGGCGCGCAUGUAUUUUGCUGAAACCGUGCUGGCACUCGAAUACAUCCACAACUAUGGAAUCGUGCACCGAGAUCUCAAACCGGACAAUCUGCUGAUCACGUCAAUGGGUCACAUUAAACUCACUGAUUUCGGUUUGUCUAAAAUGGGUCUCAUGAGUCUCACCACAAACCUGUACGAGGGACACAUCGAGAAGGACACCAGGGAGUUCCUGGAUAAACAGGUUUGUGGCACCCCAGAGUACAUCGCCCCGGAGGUGAUCCUGCGGCAGGGUUACGGCAAGCCAGUGGACUGGUGGGCCAUGGGCAUCAUCCUCUACGAGUUUCUGGUGGGCUGCGUGCCGUUCUUCGGCGACACACCAGAGGACUUGUUUGGUCAGGUGAUCACAGAUGACAUUGUGUGGCCCGAUGAUGAUGACACCCUCCCCGCUGAUGUGCAGCACCUGAUCUCAUCUCUCCUGCAGACCAACCCGCUGCUCAGACUGGGCACAGGUGGAGCGUUCGAGGUGAAGCAGCAUUCGUUCUUCUGUGAUCUGGACUGGAGCAGUUUGCUCCGACAGAAAGCCGAGUUCAUCCCUCAUCUGGAGUCGGAGGAGGACACCAGCUACUUCGACACGCGAUCAGAGCGGUAUCAUCACGUUCACUCGUACGAUGAGGACGACACCAAUGACGAUGAGCCAGUGGAGAUUCACCACUUCUCCUCUUGCUCGCCACGCUUCAGCAAGGUGUACAGCAGCAUGGAGCAUCUGUUCCAGCUGGAGCACAAGCCUGUGGUGACCCGUCGAGAGCCCAAAGCUCACAGAAAAGAUCGCAGUAAGAGAGAAAGUCUAGGCAGCCUGACCCUCCGAGACAAGACCUGGAGAACCGGAUCCCCUGAGAUGAAGCGUUUGUCGUGUUCAGAGUUGUCCUUCACUGAGUCAGAGUCCAGUCCUCCAGGCGCGCGCCGGCGUUUCUCAGCGCUGAUGGACACGCACCGCUUCGCUUCUCCACUAGAGGGAGACGGUGAUGUGCACACGCGCCAAACACCCAUCAAAACCAGGGGUUUAUCACUAGAGGGCGCCAGCGUGCCCAUCGGCUCUGGACUGGUGGAGUCCAGCUCUGCGGCGUCAGUGGGACAUCCUGGAGAUAAACUCCUGCGGCCUGCCGAUGCCGUGGCUCCUCUACACAUACCAGACUCAUUUGGGCCUCGCGUAGGAAGUGACCUCGUCUUACGAAGAGCGCGACAUCAUCAGAUUCCGACUGACAGUGAGAAACGUACCGCAACUCGCUCAGGAACCAAAGUCAUAAAGUCGGCCUCUGCCACGGCCCUGUCUGUCAUCAUACCUGCAGUUGAGCAGCAUGGUACGUCACCUCUAGCCAGUCCCAUGUCUCCUCGCUCCAUCUCCUCCAAUCCUUCGUCUCGUGACUCGUCUCCGAGUCGUGACUACUCGCCUACAGUCAAUCUCCUGCGCUCACCAAUCACUAUCCAUCGCUCUGGAAAGAAGUACGGCUUCACCUUGCGUGCCAUCAGAGUCUACAUGGGCGACAGUAACGUCUACAGCGUGCAUCACAUGGUCUGGCAUGUAGAGUCUGGUGGGCCGGCCCAGGAGGCGGGGCUUUGUGCUGGUGACCUCAUCACCCAUGUGAACAGGGAGUCUGUGCACGGAUUGGUGCACACAGAGGUGGUGGAGCUCAUUCUGAAGAGUGAAAGCAAAGUGACAGUCACAACCACUCCAUUCGAAAACACGUCCAUAAAGAUCGGACCGGCCAGGAAGCUGAGCUACAAAGCCAAGAUGGCCAGACGCAACAAGAAGUCAGUCGCAAAAGAUGGACAAGAGAGUAAGAAGCGCAGCUCUCUCUUUCGUAAGAUCACAAAACAGUCCAACCUGCUUCACACCAGUCAUAGUCUGUCCUCUUUGAAUCGCUCGCUGUCGUCUGGAGACAGUCUACCUGGAUCGCCGACACACAACCUGUCACCUCGCUCGCCCACGCAGACGUACCGCUCUCCUCCAGACUCCGCCUUUCUCGGCGCAUCGUCUCAGAGCAGUUCUCCAGGACCCAGCACGCCAAACUCGCCUGCAACAUCUCAGCACAUGCGGCCGAGCUCUCUUUAUGGUCUCUCACCCAAACUCCACCGGCAGUACCGUUCUGCUCGCUGCAAAUCCGCUGGGAACAUUCCUCUGUCUCCGCUGGCUCACACGCCAUCCCCUACUUCGUCUUCCCCGCCACCCAUCGCUGGACACACCGUCGGCAGCUCCAACACCACACAGGCCUUCCCCGCCAAGCUCCACGCCUCUCCUCCAAUCACCCGCCCCCGGCCCAAGAGCGCAGAACCACCCCGUUCGCCUCUUCUUCAACGGGUGCAGUCGGCAGAGAAGCUCGGCCCACCCCCUCCGCCUUCAUUUCCAUCCUCCUCGUCUUCCGUGGGCUCGGACAGAAAAGGAGGGCUUUGCGUGUCCAUGAGGAAGCAUGGUUUGGAAAUUGUGCACGCUGAAUACCGGCGGGAGUCGUUCCACUGUGAACACGCCCUCCAGAGCCUGAUGGAGAUUGAGGGCGAGAACACGCCUGGGGCUCCGCCCUCUCCACCCGACCAGACACCAACACACAUGCCCGCCCAGCUCACAAUGAGUCCGGGGAGGCAGCUCGGGAGGCAGGACUCAUUGGCGGGACAAGAGUCAGAGGAGAAAGCGAGGCAGCCCAACUCAAGUGAAGUCGUUUUAAGGACUGCGUCGAAAACCCAACCAGUAGCACCCACCUUGGAUCCUAAAUCAACCCAGUCUGGCGAGCCACCUCAGAAGGAGAAAGUGGCCUCCAAGUCUGAGUCUUCUCACAUAUCAGUUGUCUUGACAGGAAAGGAAGCAGUUGUAUCUGGCCCCAAGAUCCCAGAGCAGACGCCAGUUGUCCAGGGCUCUGGAGCACAGGAACUCAAACCCCAUAGCCUUCAAACUGAUGGUCCCAAAGGGCUGGAAAAUGGAAAAGACAUGGGAAAGAUCCAAGUGAAGGAGAAAACUGCGCAGGCAAUGGCUCCAGAAGCAAACAAGUCAGGUAAAGGACCUCUAAACAUUGAGGGGACUGCACCUAGUCCUGUUGCUGCACCGAAAGUCUCAGAAGCAGUUCCUGCCCAGUCCAAAACCAUUGAAGAACAGGUUCAAACCCCAUCGGGGUCAACCAGAGGCCCUCAAGAGGAAAGAUGUCGCCUGGAAGCAGCUGAAGAGUCCCCAGCCUCUCCAUCUCCAACCGCCCGAUCGCCUUGUGCAAGCAAAUCACGUGCUGUAUCUCCUGGCUUCGUGAUGCAGCUCACCAGUGUGGCUAAAACUGUGCUCGGGCCGAUGAAGUUGGGCUCUCAAGAUGGCGGCAAGGCCAAAGACAGCGCCAAAGCCAAUGAGGACAAACGAGCCACCACGUUGGGAAAGUCUGAGGCCUCGUCUGGGAGUCGCCGUGGCUUGACGGGAACAUGGCCCGGUCCUGGAUCGUCAAAGCCUGAAAAGACAUCAAAGAGCUCUUCCAAGCAUUCGUAAUAUUCUUAAUGGGAACUUUCAGUUCGGAACUUUAAAUAGGAUGUGUUCCCAGUAUUUGUCCAAAUGCAGACUGUUCAAAAGACUCUACAGCCAUCAAACCAAGAUAUUACACAAAAAAAUCAAGUAAAGGUGCUUCAAAAUGACCGUUGUCAAAUAUGUUUGUUUGUGCAUAUGCUGUAAGAAUAUAUGCACCAUUGUAUGUGGAUGUAGAACAAACCAGUAUGUCUCUCUAGAUGCAUGUUACAUGUAUAUUGUGAAUCAAUGAGUCAAAAAAAUUAGAUAUGAAAAAUUAAACAAAGACCUAAUGCUAGUGAACACUGCACAUCCAAUCAUUCCUGCCCGGUCUGUAGAGGGCAUGACCUGUCAUUCACCACCAUAUCAACCAAUCAGUUUGGCAGAUUUAGAAACGUGAGGUUGUUAAAGUGUUUACUUAGUGACCGACACCAUAGCUUUAAACAAUCUCAGUCCAGUACCUCAGCAAUACUGUUAAACUGCCAACAGUAGAGCUAUACUAGAGGCAACAGAAUGCCUAACUAGAGGUUUGGGAGGGUUUAACUGGUGGAAAAGGGAAUUAAUUGUUGCACAAGGACAGAACCACAUGUAUAAGUGCUUGUUUCUGUUGUCUUAAUUACAUUUGCACUGGAAAUGCCCAGCAAAAGUCAACAUGAAAUCAGAAUUCACCAUGUUUACUUUCUUAAUGGAUUUCAAUGUUGUUUAAUCUGCAUAAAAUGUAAUAUUUGAUCCACCCUGACUAAGUCUGUAGUCAAAUAGCUACUUAGUAGGAAAUGCAGCUUUUUUACCGACUAGUAAUAGAGUAAUUUAAUGCAUAAACAGAUUUGGAAAAGAAGCAUGACUGUUAUGGAAUUAAAUUGGGUUGCAGAUGUCGUUUCAUGUUGACUUUUAUGUGGAUGAAUUUAAAUGUCUUUAGAAAGGAGUAAGGAGAGUAUAUAUAGUUUUAAUUUGCCACUCUGAGACUGAAGGGAAAACCUCAAGGAUGACAUUGUUAAGAAAUGAUAUUGAGAUUAUUAGAUGAACUCUAUGAAGAAAAUAGGUCACUAUGAUGUCAUCCUGUUAGAAUAUAUAUAUUAUAGGCCAGUAAAUGCACUGUGGAUUAUACACUUGAAUUCUUACAAAUCUGACGAAGCCUGAAUUAAUCUUUAGUAUAUGCAGAAGAGUUUGUGAAGUGUGAGGUGGUACAUGUGUAGAUGUGUUUCAUUUGACUCCAUUCAGGGCUUUUAAUUCACUUUUGCUACAUUGUGUCCAACUUUUAUAGGAAGUUGACAUGUGAACGUCUAGUGGUCUGCAAGAGAUGAAACGAUGUUUUAGAAGUGGCUUCAUGUUACAUGAGGAACUGAUACAAUCUGUUUACACUUUAAAUCACACGGUCACUCUCACGUUUGUGUGAACGUCCUUUGGAGACUCUGUGUGUAGUGAAUCUAGUGAUGUCUUAGGAGUGUUUGGUGCCAUGAUAAUGCAAUGAUUUUCUUCCAAAUCAGCCGAUCCUUGAUCCUUGAUUGCCAAUAGAGGACUUUACACUUCACCCAAAUAUAUUAACCUGAAUAUGUUCUUUGGUAUUUUCAUCUAGACGUAGUACCACAAUAAUACAAUUUUUUUGGACAUACACGAUGGUAUUGCCCUGAAUAUACAUGGAUAUGUUAAUGAUUCAGUGGUGUAUCUAUGAUCCAUGGUACACUCCAUGGUACACCCAAUGUUGGGUCAAAUAUGGACUAACCCAACUGUUGGGUUAAAUUUUGGUU